AUGGAUAGACUUCCGCAACAGAAUCCACCACCACAAGCACCGACUCGCAGUCUUUGGAAUCCUCCUCCUCCAAACAGAAAUCAAAGGCAAAGGGUUUUUCCAGCGCAAGCUUCGAAAUCUACACAAGCCGAAGAACCAGUAGUAUCUUCCGCUUCGCCAAACAGAGUUCCAGGUUUACUUCCAAUGCCAGCACAGUUGGCGCGCCCUCCAUACCCUUCGCCAAACACAGGAAACAAUACAGCCAACAUGUUGAGACAACCAGGAAGAGGAGCGGAAAGAAGGAUGAGUCUUCCUUUGAGGAGACAGGAAGAGGGUAUGGCUUUCUCUCACAUCUUAGUGGAUCUCACAUUUCCUAAAAGCAAAGAACUGACACAUAUAAUAUAGCAGAUCGAACGUUCAAUUCUCAGCGGUCUCCCAGAAUGGCGAGACCUACACAAGGAAGAAUGGAACCCUACUCCAGCAGCAACAACCCUCAAAGAGGACAGCCUUAUUCGUUUGCUUAUCAUCCUCAGUACCCUCAAAAUCUCCUACAUGGAGUAUUUCAUGGACAGCUCUUUCCACGACACUAUGGGGCACGUGAACACCGUGACGUGGUAUAUUCCUGGAUGAAGAACAACUACAAUAUGGAAUGUCCUGGCUACAAAAAGGUUAAUACCCCGAUCGGUGAUUUGGAGAAUUAUUGGAGAGGAAUGGCACUUGAAGAAAGUGAGAAAUAUGUGCAUAUGGGAAUGUACAACAAUUGGCGUUUGAAUGUGGAAAACUCCGAACGACCUCCCUCGCCAUGA